AUGCACUGUGCCAUCCUAAAGGCAGAAGCACUAGAUGGAGCCCAUCUGAUGCAGAUCUUUUGGCACGAUGGGGCAGAGUCCCUCUACCCAGCAGUAUGGCUGAGAGACAACUGUCAGUGUUCAGACUGCUAUCUACAUUCUGCAAAAGCUCGGAAACUUCUCCUGGAAGCUCUGGAUGUGAACAUUAGAAUCGAUGACUUGACAUUUGACCGGAAAAAGGUUUAUAUCACAUGGCCCAAUGACCAUUACAGUGAAUUCGAAGCUAAUUGGCUGAAGAAAAGAUGCUUUUCUCAACAGGCCAGAGCAAGGCUCCAAGGAGAAUUGUUUUUACCAGAAUGUCAGUACUGGGGCUCAGAGCUCCAGCUCCCUACUCUGAAUUUUGAAGAUGUGUUAAAUGAUGAUGACCAUGCAUACAAAUGGCUUUCCAGUCUCAAGAAAGUAGGCAUUGUGAGACUCACCGGAGCGGCGGACAAACGUGGCGAGAUCAUAAAACUUGGGAAAAGAAUUGGAUUCCUGUACCUCACAUUUUAUGGACACACUUGGCAAGUGCAGGACAAGAUUGAUGCCAACAAUGUGGCUUAUACAACUGGGAAGCUCAGCUUCCACACUGACUACCCAGCCCUCCACCAUCCACCUGGGGUUCAGCUUCUGCACUGUAUCAAGCAAACAGUCACAGGAGGUGACUCUGAAAUCGUAGAUGGGUUUAAUGUGUGCCAAAAGCUCAAGGAGAAGAACCCUCAGGCUUUCCAUGUUCUCUCCUCCACCUUUGUGGAUUUUACAGACAUUGGAGUGGAUUACUGUGACUUCUCGGUGCAAUCUAAACACAAGAUUAUAGAGUUGGAUGAUAAAGGCCAAGUGGUGCGGAUCAACUUCAACAAUGCAACCAGAGAUACAGUCUUCGAUGUCCCUAUUGAAAAAGUUCAGCCUUUCUACGCAGCUCUGAAAGAGUUUGUGGACCUCAUGAACAGCAAAGAAUACAAGUAUACCUUCAAGAUGAAUCCAGGUGAUGUGAUUACCUUUGACAACUGGCGCUUGCUUCAUGGACGGCGUAGCUAUGAGGCAGGAACUGAGAUAUCCCGCCAUCUGGAAGGAGCCUAUGCCGACUGGGAUGUAGUGAUGUCAAGGCUUCGUAUUCUGAGACAGAGAGCCACGAAUGGGAACUGA